UGCAAUUAGUACAACGGAGUUACAUACGAGUCGUAAAUAGUCGGAACUGUUCUCAAUCGAACUACUACAGAGUUCAGUACUUUUAUUUUUGCGGAGCCAAACCGGAAAGGCUUUGCAUAUUUAAAUUGCAAUUACGCUGACUUAACGUCGCUGGGCUGUUGGCUAACAACAAUGAGGAGUGCUAGCAGUUUAAAGCGUCCUAUUACCGUUUACUCGGCUUCUCUAAGGUUCUGAACUGUUCAUCAUUGCAACUUAAUGCAGAAAACUCUCAUUUUAUUGCUUCAAAAGACUAUCUGCGUAGUCCUAAAUCCCAGUGGAAAACUUGUUAGAUGUCAGAAAUACUUCAGGUUGUGUAGGGCCUUUUCUGUCUAUUCAUGUGCUGAGCGUCUACCUUUGUCUUUUCAUGAGUUACAUUUUACAAGGAAAAUCUCUGCAUUAUCCUCGGUAUCCCAAAAGCACAGUCUUCUCCCAAACUAUCCUCCCUGGCUUUUCCUGCAUCAAAGUUUCUCCAAUCAGCCGGAUAUGGCAGAUCAGAGGUUUCUCGUUGAAUAUGCCAAACGUGGCACAGCAGGAUGUAAGAAAUGCAAGGACAAAAUCCAGAAGGGAAUAGUGCGCAUAGGCAAAGUUGUGCCAAACCCUUUCAGUGAGUCUGCAGGGGAGAUGAAAGAGUGGUACCAUGUGAAGUGUAUAUUCGAAAAGCUGGAAAGAGCCAGAGCCACCACGAAGAAGAUCGAGGAUAUCACCGACCUGGAGGGCUGGGAGGAAUUACAGGAUGCUGACAAGGAGAUCAUAAAUAAACACGUUUCAGACUUGAUGGCCAAAGUUAAUGCAAGUCCAAAAAAGAAGGUGCAGGCCAAGUUGAACACCACCAGUCAGCUGAUGGCUCCCCCUGCUGACCCAUCUGUCAAUGCGCCAAGGAAGUUUUCAGGCUUCACUGCAACAAAGGCUGGCAGUUCUAGCAGCAGCCCUGGGGCGUCCUCUUCCCCUGCCAAAGCCAGCCAAGGCAGCGCGCUGUCCACCCAGCUCUGUGACCCCCAGCACAAAGACUGCCUCUUCAGAGAGUUUCGCAAGCUCUGUGCCAUGGUGGCCGAAAACAACAGCUACAAUACAAAGACGCAGAUUAUUGAAAAGUUCCUCAGGAAGGGCACAAGUGGAGAUAAGUUCCACGGCGAUCUUUACCUGACUGUGAAAUUGCUCCUGCCGGGUGUUGUGAAAAGCGUCUACAACCUCAAUGACAAGCAGAUUGUAAAACUCUUCAGCCGCAUAUUCAGGAGCAACCAGGAUGACAUGGUGCGCGAUCUGGAGCAGGGUGACGUGUCUGAGACGGUGAGGAUGUUCUUUGAUGAGAGUAAAUCAUUUCCCCCAGCUGCCAAAAGUCUCCUUACCAUCCAGGAAGUGGACGCAUCCCUGACCCGACUUUCCCAGCUGACGAAGGAGGAUGAGCAGCAGAACGAGCUGGAGGAUAUUGCCAAAAAAUGCACCAGUAAUGACCUGAAAUGCAUCGUUCGCCUAAUUAAGCACGAUUUGAAGAUGAACGCUGGUGCUAAACACGUCUUGGAUGCAGUGGAUCCAAACGCUUACGAUGCGUUCAAGGCCUCGCGUAAUCUGGGAGACGUGAUUGAAAGGGUGUUAAAGAAUCAGCAGGAGGCGUCCAAUGGUUCAGGACCUAAGAAACUCCUCACUAUCGAGGCCUCACUUAUGACCCCCGUCCAGCCCAUGUUGGCGGAGGCGUGUAAAUCCAUCGAGUACGCCAUGAAGAAAUGCCCCAACGGGAUGUACUCGGAGAUCAAGUACGAUGGCGAGCGCGUGCAGGUCCACAAGAACGGAGACAACUUCAGCUACUUCAGUCGCAGCCUCAAACCAGUGCUGCCUCACAAAGUGGCCCAUUUCAAAGAAUACAUCCCUCAGGCUUUUCCUGGUGGCCACAGCAUGAUACUGGAUGCUGAAGUCCUCCUAAUUGACACAAAGACCAGUAAACCCCUGCCCUUCGGGACCUUGGGUGUACACAAGAAAGCAGCCUUUCAAGACGCCAAGGUGUGCCUUUUUGUUUUCGACUGCAUCUACUUCAAUGGUGUGAGUCUCAUGGAGAGGCCUCUGUGUGAACGCAGGAAGUUCCUGCAUGACAACAUGGUUGAAGUCCCCAACAGGAUCCUGUUCUCAGAGAUGAAGCACGUCACCAGAGCAGGGGAUCUGGCGGAUAUGAUAACUCGUGUCAUCAGGGAGGGACUUGAAGGUCUGGUGCUAAAAGACGUAAAGAGCACCUAUGAGCCGGGGAAGCGCCACUGGCUGAAAGUAAAGAAGGACUAUUUGAAUGAAGGGGCGAUGGCAGACACAGCUGACCUGGUGGUGCUGGGAGCCUUCUACGGGAAAGGCUCAAACGGGGGCAUCAUGUCCAGUUUUCUAAUGGGCUGUUACGACCCAGACUCCAAGAAAUGGUGCACAGUCACCAAGUGCUCCGGAGGCUACGACGACGCCAUGUUGGCCAGGCUCCAGAAAGAGCUGGAUGUGAUCAAAAUCAGCAAGGAGCCAAGCAAAAUCCCUAGCUGGUUGAAAAUCAUCAAGAACUAUUAUCCAGAUUUCAUUAUCCGCGAUCCUGAGAAAGCACCUGUGUGGGAGAUCACAGGCGCAGAGUUUUCCAAAUCGGAAAUGCACACCGCUGAUGGCAUCUCCAUCCGCUUCCCCCGCAUGACGAGAAUCCGCGAUGACAAGGACUGGAAGAGCGCCACCAACUUGCACCAGCUUAAAGAGCUGUACCGCAUAUCGAAGGAGAACUGCGACUUCAAAGUGACAGCAGGUCCGUCUACAUCCAACGAUGACAAGGGCUCAUCGGGGGGGGACAGCGGAGGAAGCUCGCCAUCGUCCUCCUCCAACAAAGGCGCUCCGCCCAAGAAGACGAGCAGCAGCACUCCACCCAAAGCCAAGGCGGUGAAAUCCCAGCCUCGCACUCCCAGCUCAGACGCACCCAGUGCUAAGAAGGUGAAGAAGAGCGAGAGUGUCCACAGCAACGGACAAACUAAAGCAAAAGCUACCUCACAAAAACUGGAGCCAAGGAAUGACAAGACGCUGCUGGACAUCUUCAGCGGCGUGAAGCUUUUCCUGCCCGACUCGGUGCAGGACUUUAACAAGCUGAGGCGAUACUUCGUGGCGUACGACGGGGACCUCGUGCCAGACUACGACGCAGCCUCCGCCACGCACACGCUGGCCGAACCCGAAGAACAGAGCCAGGCUCAGAAAGUGACCCCCAGCUGGAUCUGGGAAUGUAUCCGCAAGAGGCGUGUCGUAGCUCCCUGUUAAUAAAAGAGGAGGAAACUA